AUGAAAAACUCACUUCGUUGUCGGCUAAACGGCAAUGGCAAUUGGCUGUCAGAACUACCCUGGGUCGUACUUGGUCUUCGGAACCAUCCGAACACAGAUACUGGCAUUGCACCGAGCGAGCUGGUAUUCGGAGCUAAACUUCGUGUUCCCGGUCAUCCGCCAACUGCAAUCUCUCAUGUCGCCCCGUCCACUUUCGUCGAAAAACUUCGAACGGCAGUUUCCGCUGCUUCUCACCAAGCAAGGGAAACUCCGUGGCAUUGUACAGAAGAGCAGCAUCACAGUAAUGUUCCGGCAAACCUGUUUUCUUCAAAACGUGUCCUAGUUAAAGAAGAACGAAAACUUGCAAGUCUUCGACCUAAAUUCUCUGGACCUUAUGAAGUUGUAUCAAGACAAGAAAAAUACUUUACCUUGAGGUUCCCGGAAGGAGGAGAAGAGAAAGUAUCGAUAGACCGGAUUAAACAAUUUAAUGAAUAG